CCACCACCACUAUUUAAGCAUUACUGCUCGCCACAAGUCAGGUAAUCCGAAUCGCUUUGAGAGAUUUGCACAAUGGCUCCUACCGUUCACUCCCUUCCUCCUCCGCCCGGCUCUGAUAUCGACUUUGGUGCCAUUGUCGAUAAUGUCGACCUUGAGAACCUCUCCGACGACGACUUCGCCGUGAUCCACCGCGCUCUGUAUGAAAACCUCGUCGUGGUGGUAAAGAACCAACAACACGUUACCCCCAAAGCCCAGUACGAACUCACCCGACGAUUCGACCCCGCCGCCUCGCAAUACGGCCACGGCAAAACCCUCGACGCGAAGCGCAGCAUCCUGCAUCCUGAUCUCAAGACCGUUCCUCACCAGCCCCAAGUCCAGGUCAUCGGCCAUGGCAGAGUUGAUGCCUACGAGGGUCUCACCGACAUUCAACUCAAACAUCCCCAUCACCGCACCUUCCACCGCGACGCUAUCCCCGACGACGAGGAUUAUGACUUCACUCGCUUCUACCGCUGGCAUAUCGAUGCGGCCCUGUAUGAUUUCUAUCCGCCCAACGUGACGACAUUGUUGGCUGUUCGGGUCCCCAAGGGUCGACGACAGACACUCCGGUACGAUGACGGAUCGAACGAAACACUAGAUGUACCCCUAGGAACGACGGCGUUUGUCAGCGGCGAGAGGAUGUAUGAGAUGUUGUCCGACGAGGACAAGGAAUUUGCACGUACCAGUCGCGUGGAAUACGCCCCUCACCCAUACAUCUGGAUGAGCCCCGCCCGAGCCCUCCCCACCGGACUAGGCCUCUACUCCGAAACCAAAGAACUCCCUCUCUCCGAGCUUCCUCCCAUCGACGAAUCCAAAAUCCAGAUCCUCCCCAUGUUAUGGAAGAACCCUGUCACAGGGAAACCCGCGCUGCAGAUCCACCCGUCCGCUGUGCGCAAGAUCCACUGCCAGGAUGGCACGGUGAUUGAUGAUUUGGCCCAGGUCCGAGACAUCGUGUACAAGUUGCAACGGCCGGCGAUUAGUCCCCCACAUGUGUAUCCGCAUGAUUGGGAGGAGGGUGAUCUCGUGCUGUUUAAUAAUAGGGGCGUUAUUCAUUCGGUGGUGGGGGCGUUUGGGAAUGAUGAGGUGCGGUUGUUUAGGCAGUGUAACCUGGCGGCGGGGGAGGCGCCACUGGCGUAUGAGUGAGAUCAUUAAUGAAUAUAUUUAUGCUGUUA